CAGUAACAUCAAGAUUUCAUACUUUUACUCCUCGAUUUCCCACUGCAAUACAUGUUCCUAGUCGGUACCCAACUUACUUUUUAAGAUCCGUUGGGUUUCGCUCCUUGGCUUCACAAAAUGAGCCCCUCAUCAGCCUCAGCACCCGCCGAGCCGACGGUUACGUUCAGCUCAGGCCGGGGUGUAAACACUCCCCCUGACCUCAGACUGCUGCACUACAACGAUGUCUACCAUCUCGACCCCUCGUCCUCCGAGCCGGCCGGCGGCGUUGGCCGGUUCGUGAGUGUGUGCAAAGAAUACCGCGAAGCCGAGCGGUUCCAAGGCCAACCGGAACUCCUCACCUUCUUCUCCGGCGACGUCUUCAACCCGAGUCUCGAGAGCUCCAUCACCAAGGGUAGCCACAUGGUCCCUCUCCUGAACCUCAUCAAGACCGACUGCGCCGCCGUAGGGAACCACGACCUCGACUUUGGAGUGAGGCAGUUCCGCCACCUCACCUCCAAGUGUAACUUCCCUUGGCUGCUGGCCAACGUGCUAGACCCGGCCCUGGGCGAUGGCGUCCCGCUCGGGAACGCCAAGAAGACACACAUGAUUACUACCUCUAACGGCAUCAAGGUCGGCCUGAUGGGGCUCGGCGAGCGCGAGUGGCUCGACACCAUCAACGCACUCCCACCCGACAUCAUCUACCGCUCCGCCAGCGAAGUCGCCCGGGAGCUCGUGCCCCAGCUGCGUGCCGAGGGCGCCGACAUCAUCAUUGCCAUCACGCACAUGCGCGAGCCCAACGAUAACAAGCUGGCCACCCAGCUAGGCGGCGAGAACAUCGACCUCAUCCUUGGUGGACACGAUCACUUCUACGCCCACAGCCUCAUCAACGGGACCCACGUCCUGCGGUCGGGCUCGGACUUUAAGCAGCUCAGCUACAUCGAGGUGCGCCGGGCCUCACCGUCCGGUGACGGCAGCAGCAGCGGGCGGAAGUGGGACAUCGACAUCUGGCGGCGCGACAUGGUGCGGUCCAUCCCCGAGGACCCCGAGACCCUGGAGCUGGUGCACCGGCUCACGGCCAAGCUGAAGAAGAGCCUCGAGAAGGCCAUCGGGUGGACCGCCGCCCCGCUCGACUCGCGCUUCACCACGGUGCGCCUCAAGGAGAGCAACCUGGCCAACUUUGUGUGCGAUAUCAUGCGUCACCAUUACAAGGCCGACUGCGCCCUCAUGGCGGCGGGGACCAUCAGGGGAGACCAGGUCUACGCCCCGGGGCCGAUCCGGAUCAAGGAAGUGACCGACUGCUUCCCCUUCGAGGACCCCGUCAUCGUGAUGAAGGUGUCGGGUAAGGGGUUAUGGGACGCCCUGGAAAACGGGGUCUCGUUGUAUCCUGCCUUGGAAGGCCGGUUCCCGCAAGUGUCAAACAUCAACUACAAGUUCGACCCCUCCCUCCCUCCAGGCUCCCGCAUCGUCUCCGUUGAAAUCGGCGGGCAGCCGCUGGAGAAUGACCGGCACUACGUUCUCGCCACCCGUGGGUACAUGGGCCGCGGCAAGGAUGGCUACCGCAGCUUGCUGGUCCAACCCGAGGGCGGAGAGUGCGAGGAAGUCGUGUCGGAGGAGAAUGGGAUUCUGAUCUCCGCCAUGCUGCGGCAAUACUUCAUGUCGCUGACCGUGCUGGCCAAGUGGAAGGGCUGGGGCCCGUCGUUGGAUCGCCACUGGUCCAAGGUGGCGGACGACGUUGCCAAGUAUCACCCCAUCGUCAGUGAUCCAUCGGGCUCUGCUCCGGUCGGCCCAACCGGGGUGAGGUCCCAUGCUAGUGAAAACGCGGACAAAGAAAAUGGUUGGGCCGAGUGGACUGAGACCCGACUCAGGCAGAGGCGUUCCAGCGUGCCGCCGAUGCUUGGGCCCAACGAGGACGAGAGCGACAGCGAUUCGGGAGAGGAGUUUGAGAGGGCGCGGGAGAAUGCCCGUGGGCUCGAUAGCGAGCUGAACGUCAUGCGCCGGGUUUUCCACAAGUGGUGUCGGCUGGCGGGAGUCCGUGGAGGAACUUGCGACGAGUUGAAAGAGGGCGAGGUCGCGGUGACGUGGACGAAGGCUAUUGCUCCCCGCGUCGAGGGGCGGAUUCAGAUGGUGACCGCCGCCGCCGACUGAGCGCUCAGCGGCUACGAGUCAUGUUCCUCCGCAACGUCUAACGGAAGAAUCGCACAAGGGUAGCCUUGGGCGUCUAGGAAGACACAUUCGGGGAUG